AUGUUUUAUGGAGAAAUGGAAUUCUUAAAGGUUCUUUCUAUUGCAUGGGAGGUCUGUGCUUAUGAAAAUCGAGAGAAUUUAUGGUUCCAGUUUUUCUUCUUUCUUUGUUUUAAGGAAAGCAUAAGUUUCGUUAAUUGGGAUGCAUUUAAAGUCUCUUUAAGCAGUUUUAAAACAUCAUGCAGAACAAUUUGUGUAUAUUAUGAAGCUGAGAAUGGCCAUAAAGGUUAUCCCAGCUUGGCGUAG